GGCAGCUUCUGUUUACACAUCAACAACUGGACGGAAGUUUGUUAACUUUUAAUUUCAGUUUCCAGUAGUUUCCCUCAACCACCAUGGAGUCUGUGCUCGUUCCUGCCGAGGCGGAGGGGUUCGUUAAGAGUCUGGAAACUUUCUCCAUCAAGGCCGUGGGCUCUGCGAGGUGGUUCAGGCAGCAUGAGUACAUCGAGAAACUGAACAUGCAAGCGAUCCUGAACGCCUCUGCCAUGCAGGAUGAGUUCAUCAAGGAGCUGCUGGUGUCCUAUGAGAAGAUCCCUCUCCUGGUCCAUGAGAUGAUCCUGGUGGAAGUGUGGAAGCAGAAGGUGUUCCCCAUCCUAUGUCAGCUGCAGGACUUCAAUCCUAAGAGCACAUUUCAUCUUUACAUGGUGAUCCACCAUGAGGCUACAAUCAUUAACCUUCUGGAAACGAUCAUGUUCCACAAGGAUUCCUGUGAGGCGGCGGAUGACGCUGUUCUUGAUUUGGUGGAUUAUUGCCACCGGAAACUCACCCUGCUGGCCAGUAAGGCAAUCAGGGAGAACACUACAGCUCAGAUCAACCUGAAAGAUAAAUCAGAUGUGUCCUCCAUAGAGGAGUUGCAGAUUCAAAUGGUUGCACUGGAGUUUGAGAUCUCGCUGAAGGCUGUGUCUGUGCUGCGCUACAUCACAGAUCACACCAACAGUAUCAGUGUCAUCAAUCGCAUGCUGUGCACCCAUAACAUGCCUUGUGUGCUGGUUCAGCUGAUCGACUGCUGCCCUUGGAGUCGCUGCAGAGAAGGGGAGGUGGAGAAGUACAUGAACAGCAAGUGGCAGAAGAUUCCUGUGGACGACCAUUUAAAGAUGACAAAACUUGACGGCCAGGUCUGGAUUUUGCUUCACAAUCUGCUGCUGAAGGAAGAUUGCCAAAGAAAAUACGACUUCAACAGAUUCAAUAAGAAUCAGAUUCUGAAGCUGCGAGGUUUCUUGACAGAGGUGCUGGUUGAUCAGCUGCCAAACCUGGUGGAGCUGCAGCGUUUCCUUGCUCAGCUCGCAGUCACAGACCCAGGCCCUCCGAAAAAAGAGCUCGUUUUGGAGCAGAUCCCCGAAAUCUGGAACCACAUUGUGAGUGAGAACUCCGGGAAGUGGAAGGCAAUAGCAAAGUAUCAAGUGAAAGAAACGUUCAACCCGUCCGAAAAUGACCUGCGACUACAUGCAGAGAGGUUGGCUCAGACGUACAACUUGGAUGUGAUGGAGAGUUUACUCCCUGAGAAGCCAAAGUGUGGAGGCUGUGGGAAAGAGGCGGCAAAGAGAUGCUCUCGCUGUCAGGGGGAAUGGUACUGUAACAGAGAAUGUCAGGUGAAGCACUGGCCGAAGCACAAGAAAGCGUGUCAGCUCAUGGUCGAGGCCACAGAGAAGAUCCAGAUGGAUCUGCACAUCCAGGACUGAAAGACAAACCGUUGCUCACUAAUGUAUAAACUGAUGGAAAUUGCAAGAUGUUACUCUUUAUUCCAAAGAUGUGUGGAAAACAUGUGGACAUUUAAUUUUUACAUUCUUGUAGAUUAUAAAUAAGGAAUCUUCUUUCUUUUAAUGCUUGGAAGGUUCAUCCCCUGUUACAGAGUUUAGCUUUUCCUUUUUGUUUUGAACCCUGUAGUGUUUGUUCCUAUAUCAUAAACUAGAAGGGAACGCAGAGAGUGAAUCCCUACGCCAAGGCUGGCUGGUUAAUCUGCAUAUAGAUGUAUUUUGAGAUCAGAUACAUACACUCCUGAUCAAAAUCUUAAGACCAGUUAAAAAAUUGCAUGAAGAAGAAAUGGGAACAAGAGCCCAAAAGUUGUGAGCAGGCGAUUUAUUGAAAACAACAAUUUAACUCAAAUAGGCUGUUCAUCAGCUGAUCAAAAGUUUAAGACCACAGCCUUUAAAAGCCAAAAUCUGUGCAAAAAUUUGGAUUCCAUGUCAUUUCCUGUCAAGUAAUCACACUGUGAACAUCUCUUGAUGGCAAAGGCAAAACAGCUCGCCGUCUUUGAACGUGGUAGGAUUGUUGAACUGCAUAAACCAGGCCUCUCACAACGUGCCAUCGCUGCUGAGGUUGGACACAGUAAGUCAUUUUGCAUUUCUUAAAAGAUCCUCAGGGUUAUGGAACAAAAAAUUCAAGUGGUAGACCCAAAAAAAUCUCAUCGGCGCUGAGCCGGAGGAUCCGAAUGGCUGUCUGUCAAGACACGGGACGAUCCUCGUCCCAAAUUAAGGCCAUUACUGGUGCUGACUGCAGCCCAAUAACCAUCAGACGGCAUCUGCGAAGGAAGGGCUUCAAAAACAAGAACAUCUUCAAAGCCCACGUCUCCUUCAAUGCCACAAAAUUGUCCGUUUAGACUUUGCAAGGGAGCACCAAACAUGGGACAUUCAAAGGUGGGAGAAAGUUUUAUUCUCUGACGAGAAAAAAUGUAACCUUGAUGGUCCUGAUGGCUUCCAACGUUACUGGCAUGACAAGGAGAUGCCACCUGAGAUGUUUUCUAUGCGGCACAGUGGAGGGGGCGCCAUCAUGAUCUGGGGUGCUUUUUCCUUCAAUGGAACAAUGGAGCUCCAGGUUGUGCAGGGGCGUCAAACAGCAGCUGGCUAUGUGGAGAUGUUGCAGCGGGCAUCCCUCAUGACAUGUCCCUCGUCUGUGUGGUAACAACUGGGUUUUUCAGCAGGACAACACUCCAAUUCACAAUGCCCGUCUGACCAUGACUUUUUUCCAGGAGAAUAACAUCACUCUUUUGGACCAUCCUGCGUGUUCCCCUGAUCUUAAUCCAAUUGAGAACAUUUGGGGAUGGAUGGCAAGGGAAGUUUACAAAAAUGGACUUCAGUUCCAGACAGUGGAUGCCCUUCGUGAAGCCAUCUUCACCACUUGGCGCAACAUUCGCACUAGCCUUUUGGAAACACUUGCAUCAAGCAUGC